AUGUCGGAGAGUCACUGGGUAGACUGGAAUAAGAACACGCAGUCCAAGGACUAUCGUGGCUCUGGUUCCUUCUCAACCUUCAUCAUCAUCGGUCCCGUCUGUUUCUUCCUUGGCAUACUCUUCGCGCAGUUUCCCUAUGACUUCCCGUUGCUCUGGACCUCGGAGCCCGUUCAGGCCACGUACUACGACUUCCUCGAGACGCACGUCAAGUUCCUCCACGCCUCGCCUCCCAUCAUCUCGCGCAUCCUCAACAUUGUCAUCUUCGUUGGCCUCCUCGGAUUUUUCAUGAAGCUCUUCCGCCCUGCCGAAUCCAACGUGUUGUUCGACGGCGCAUCGCUCAUUCUGUACGUCAUUGGAGUCGGCGUUUACACAAGCAACAUCGUCAAGGGAAUGCGCACCAUCACUGCUGGCAUCUGGGACAUGGAAGACUUUGCUGGUAUCAAGCACGACGGCCCCGUCUCGGGCGAGGUCAUUCUCGGCAGGGAGGAUACCAUGAAGGUGCUCAGCGCUAGCAACACCAUUCUGGCCAUGGUGCUGGUCGGAGUCCUUGUCUUGCAGGCUGGCCAAUGGUACGCCGAGUCUAAGGAGAAGGACGAUUUUGCCAAGGGCGAGAAGAAGGACAAGAAGAAUGGUGGCCAGCAGCAACAGCAGCCGCAGCCCCAGCAGGCGGAAGAUAAGAAGUCGCAGUAG